AUGGCAAGGAAGACCCUUAAGCAGCAGGAGUAUGUUUUCUCCAGUCAUACCAUCACGGAGGCCAUCCGGGUUCAUGGGUUGCUCAAGCAGCUCUACUUAAGCUUCGAUGAUGAAAAAUUCAGUGAACAUUGCAGAGUUGGGCUUCGUGGCCUCAGGCAACAUUUAUUUAAGCCAUUUGAUCCUCGAGGCCUUAAACAGAGAAUAUUGAAGAUCUUUUGGAGAUUAUAUGCGUUUUAUGAAAACAUUAUCAAGGAGAGGUUGGAAGAAAGAAAAAUCAGAAUCGGCAAUAUUGGGAAGGAAAAAUUGGACUUGUUAGAUGUGUUAUUGGAUUAUAGAAGUGACAGAUAUGAUGAAUUAAAAAGCUUAUCGAGAAAGAACAUUAAAGGCAUGCUUGCGACUUUGUUUAAAUAUACUCUCAAUGUUGAAAGAGAUUCCAAGUUCGAAUCUCCCAUGCUGAAAUUCUCAAAACAUACGCAGAAUAUAACGUGCACAGAGACUACAUCAAGCACUUUUGAGUGGGGUAUGGCAGAGAUCCAAAGAAAACCUGAUGCGUACAAGAAAAUAGUUAUGGAGUUGGACCAAGUAGUUGGGAAGGUUCGGUUUGUUGAAGAGAGUGACAUUUCCAAUCUACCCUACCUUCAAGCAGCAGUGAAAGAAGUUUUCUGGCUCCACCCUGCCGUCCCACUGCUCGUUCCUCAUGGCACGAAUGAGGUGUGUGAGAUUUCCAGUUACCAUAUUCCUAAGGGCUGCAUAGUGUUGGUGAAUGUUUUGGGGAUGGCUAGGGAUCCCAGUGUUUGGGAGGACCCUUGUGAGUUUAAAACCGUAAGGUUUCUUGGGUCUAGCAUUGAUGUGAAAGGCCACGAUUUUAACCUCAUUCCUUUUGGGAGUGGGAAAAGAUCUUGCAUUGGAUUGCCCCUUGUCCAUCGCAUGGGGCAGCCCUGCUUCAUGCUUUUGAAUGGGAAUUCCCCGCUGACAUUUUGGACAUUGUAG